AUGUCUGACUCUCUCUGGACUGUACUGUCUAAUUUUUCUAUGCCGUACUUCCUUGAUAGCAGCAUGUUCCGACGUUCCAAAAGUUGUCGAACCAGCAACAGGAAAAGCUUGAUUCUGACCAGCACGUCGCCAACUCUCCCACGACCUCAUUCUCCGCUCCCGGGCCAUCUAGGCAGCAGUCCCUUGGACAGUCCACGGAACUUCUCUCCUAAUGCACCCGCGCACUUCUCAUUUGUGACCUCUCGAAGGGCAGAUGGACGUCGAUGGUCCCUCGCCUCAUUGCCAUCCUCGGGAUAUGGGACCAACACUCCCAGCUCCACAGUGUCUUCAUCAUGCUCGUCACAGGAGAAGCUUCACCAGUUGCCCUUCCAACCCACAGUGGACGAACUGCACUUCCUGUCCAAACACUUUGGCAGUACCGAGAGCAUCACUGAUGAUGAUGGCGGGCGACGCUCUCCAGCAGUGCGGCCACGGUCUCGGAGUCUCAGCCCUGGCCGCUCUCCUUCCUGCUAUGACAAUGAAAUAGUGAUGAUGAACCAUGUCUACAAAGAAAGGUUCCCAAAGGCCACUGCCCAAAUGGAGGAAAGGCUACAGGAGUUCUUCACAGUCAACGCUCCAGAGAAUGUGCUCCCCCUGGCUGAUGGGGUCCUCAGCUUCAUCCACCACCAGGUCAUUGAAAUGUCCAGGGACUGCCUGGGCAAGUCGCACGAGGGGCUCAUCACUUCACGCUACUUCUAUGAGCUGCAGGAGAAUCUGGAGAAGCUAUUGCAGGAUGCACAUGAACGAUCUGAGAGUUCAGAGGUUGCUUUUGUGACACAGUUGGUGAAGAAGCUGCUGAUCAUCAUUGCACGGCCAGCACGGUUACUCGAGUGUCUGGAAUUUAACCCUGAGGAAUUUUACCAUCUAUUGGAGGCUGCUGAGGACCAUGCAAAGGAGGGCCAUGGCAUUAAAAUUGACAUUCCCCGUUACAUCAUCAGCCAGCUGGGACUCACCCGGGACCCCCUGGAAGAAAUGGCCCAUCUGGAUACCUACGACAGUCCAAAUCUCAACACCCAAGAACUGGUCGAUUUGAUCGAUGGCCGUGGACCUUCUGGUAAACCCCCAAAGGCACCAUCUGAAGAAGACUUUGACAACAUUAAACUAAUAAGCAAUGGGGCAUAUGGUGCUGUUUACUUGGUGAGGCACAGAGAGACAAGACAGCGAUUUGCCAUGAAGAAGAUAAACAAACAGAACCUAAUACUUCGAAACCAGAUCCAGCAGGCAUUUGUGGAGCGUGAUAUCCUCACCUUUGCAGAGAAUCCUUUCGUAGUCAGUAUGUUCUGCUCUUUCGAGACCAGACGGCAUCUCUGCAUGGUCAUGGAAUAUGUGGAAGGAGGUGACUGUGCAACAUUGCUGAAAAAUAUUGGCGCGUUGCCUGUGGACCUGGCUCAGAUGUAUUUUGCUGAAACUGUUUUGGCUUUGGAAUAUUUACAUAAUUAUGGUAUUGUCCAUCGGGAUCUAAAACCUGACAAUCUCUUGAUAACGUCAAUGGGGCACAUUAAGCUAACAGACUUCGGCCUCUCAAAGAUUGGUCUUAUGAGUCUCACCACCAACCUCUAUGAGGGUCACAUUGAGAAGGAUGCCCGGGAAUUCCUGGACAAGCAGGUGUGUGGUACUCCAGAGUACAUUGCCCCAGAGGUCAUCGUGCGACAGGGGUAUGGAAAGCCGGUCGACUGGUGGGCAAUGGGCAUCAUACUGUACGAAUUCCUGGUGGGAUGUGUUCCUUUUUUUGGUGACACACCUGAGGAGUUGUUCGGCCAAGUCAUCAGCGAUGAUAUAAUGUGGCCUGAUGGCGAUGAGGCACUCCCAGCAGAUGCCCAACACCUUAUUUCCUGUCUUCUACAGCCAAACCCAUUGGAGAGACUGGGGACAGGAGGCACCUAUGAAGUCAAGCAACACAGUUUCUUCAAAGACCUGGACUGGACUAGUCUGCUGCGUCAAAAGGCAGAAUUUAUUCCUCACCUGGAGUCGGAAGAAGACACAAGUUACUUUGACACUCGGUCUGAUCGGUAUCACCACGUCAAUUCCUAUGAUGAGGAUGACACCAACGAAGACGAGCCAGUGGAAAUUCGACAGUUUUCCUCCUGCUCACCUCGCUUUAUUAAGGUUUACAGCAGCAUGGAACGCCUCACGCAGCAUGAGGAGCAGAAAGCCCCAGUGGUCACCCGACGCAACCUGAACAAACACAAGGAGGAAAAGAGUGAGAAGAUGGAGGGGCUGAGCUCUAUCAGCACCCGGGACAAGAGCUGGAGGACAAGCUCUCCGGAAAUGAAGCGCCUCUCUGCGUCGGAGUCUUCUUACGGCGAGAGUGACUCCAGUCCGCCUCUCACCGUACGCCGCAGGUUCUCCGCACUCAUGGACACUCACAAGUUUGCCACACCCCUCGAGGACGACACGGAGGUAACCCACAAACACCAGGGGGUACAGACGGUGACGCCAGUCCAGGAGCAGUCAACCAAUCGCCCCUGGGCCAGCUCUCCAGUAAAUGCCUUCCUGCUAAAUGCUUUCAGUUUUAUUUCAGCUGGCAGGCCGGUGAAGUUAAGUGAGUCGCUGUGCACUGUUUCAAAGGAAACGGAUUCCUCGUCUACAAAGGCAACGAGUGACCUGGCAGUCCGCAGAGCACGUCACCAGCAGCUGUCUGGGGACUCAGGCGAGAAACGCACCUCCCGGCCCGUGAAUAAGGUCAUCAAAUCCGCUUCAGCCACCGCUCUAUCGGUCAUGAUCCCUGCAGUAGAUCAACACAGCAGUUCGCCUCUCGCCAGCCCUAUGUCACCACGAUCGCUGUCGUCUAAUCCUUCCUCACGGGACUCCUCACCCAGCCGGGACUUCUCACCGGCAGUGACGAGUCUCAGAUCCCCAAUCACCAUUCACCGUUCGGGAAAGAAAUAUGGCUUCACGCUUCGUGCCAUCCGCGUUUACAUGGGAGACAGUGACGUGUACAGUGUCCAACACAUGGUCUGGCAUGUAGAAGAUGGAGGACCUUCGCAUGAAGCUGGACUUUGUGCUGGUGACCUUAUAACUCAUGUGAAUGGGGAACCUGUCCAUGGACUCGUCCACACAGAAGUUGUGGAACUUAUACUGAAGAGUGGAAACAAAGUGACUGUAACAACAACACCGUUUGAGAACACAUCCAUCAAGAUUGGUCCAGCCCGGAGGUCCAGCUAUAAAGCCAAAAUGGCCAGGAGGAAUAAGAAAAGCACAGGGAAGGAAGGGCAAGAGAGUAAGAAGCGAAGCUCUUUGCUUCGAAAGAUAACGAAACAGUCUAACCUGCUGCACACGAGCCGCAGUCUCUCCUCCCUGAACCGCUCGCUCUCGUCCAGCGACAGUUUACCCGGUUCGCCCACCCACAGUCUUUCUGCCCGCUCACCUACACAGAGCUACAGACCCACGCCAGACUCUGGCUAUUUAGGAAACUCAUCUCAGAGUAGCUCCCCAGGUUCAAGUGUUCCAAAUUCCCCGGCCACCCCACACCACAUCCGGCCCAGCAGCCUUCAUGGCUUGUCCCCGAAGCUCCAACGCCAGUACAGAUCAGCGCGGUGCAAGUCAGCGGGGAACAUCCCGCUGUCCCCUCUCGCUCACACUCCGUCGCCCACCCACCCGUCCCCACAGCACCCUUCCUUCCCACUGCCCGCCCACACGGUGGGCAGCUCCAACACCACGCAGACCUUCCACAUCAAGUUACACUCGUCGCCCCCGGUGGUGCGACCGCGGCCCAAGAGCGCAGAGCCCCCCAGGUCCCCCCUCCUCAAGAGGGUGCAGUCGGCGGAGAAGCUGUCCAUCCCGCUCUCGUCCGAGAAGAAACUCGCAAUCCGCAAGCACAGCCUCGAGGCGUCCCACUCGGAAUUUCGGAAGGAAGGCCUACACAGUGACACCAGUCUGCAGAGCCUGAUGGAGUCGGAGGGAGAAGUCCUGGGAUCAAAGAGUGAGAGCAGUGAAGUGGGGCCUUUCCGACAGAUGGCUGUCAGGAAGCUGGGCAGGCAGGAGUCUCCGCUGAUUGACAGAGACAUCUUCUCCACAAUCAGGCAAGAAAGAGGGGAAGGGCUUGACCCAGUGCAGGAACUAGAGGUUAAAAUCAACGAUCAUGAGGAGAUUCCAGUUGGAGGGGUCAACAUUAAUCAUGAUGGCGUAACAAGAACAUGUUCCACAGUUAGCUCUCACAGCAGCUCCAGUGGGAUUAAGGACGUGACCAAACAUUUGGCUGAAAACCAGGGCAUUAGCGGUUCUUCUUCAUCGUCAGUGAAGGAAUCAAAUGGAAAGACUAUUGCUUCAAAACCCCAGAAUUCUGAUCCAUCUUCCAACACAGCAGCAGCCAAAAAAUCUGAUCAAAGCUUAGAUAAGGACACACCAUUUAGUACCACGAGAAGAAAGAAUGGUACAUCUCCAUCCUCUGCUUCAACAACAUGCCUGGACAAGAGUUCUGAAUUAUCACUGAUCCCCAGACCUGAUACUUUGCCAACGCCUUGCGAAUCGAAAGUGUCUCCAGCACCAGUAGUGGCCAGCCUUAAUGUCAAUGUUACACAGCCAAUCCAAAUAAACUGUAUCCUGGAACCUCCAGAGAAAAAUCAUCCCAAGGAACCCAAGAAGACGCGGUCCACUGAUCCUGCGAAAAGGAUACACCAAGGAGUGCAAACUGAACCAUUAGGACCUGGCUCCCAGAACCAGGAUGGUGCCUGCAAACUAAUGCCAGACCACGGCACCGUGACAUUGCCAAAUCAGAGGGCAGAGCCAAAAGAUGUAUCUCCAGCAGCUGGUUCCCAGCCAGCCUCUGAGGAAAAGGGCAAAGCGCUGGAAAUUCCUGCCAAGCUGGAGGCCACAAAGCCUGCGGGAAGCAGUGAUGGAAAAGAUGCCCACACGAAGAGCAUGGCUUGUGAGACCAAAGAUAACGUUGAAGAGCCAUGCAAGAUUGAGGAGAAGAAGGUCUACAGUCAUGAGAUUUUGCCUCAGGAAAGCCUCCUGCAACCAGCCAAAAGACCCGACGCCGGAGAUAGAAGUGCCCCAGUUAACUGUUACAAAGGAGCAUGUGAGGCACCUUUAGAGAGUAAAGGGACCCCGGAGACUAAAAUAAAGAAGCCACCCGCCCCUAUACCAUGCGGGGCUGGGCCAGGAUCCCCAGCAGUGGUGUCGUCAUGCUCAGACAAACCGGGUUUUGUCAACCAUUUAGCCUCUGUGGCAAAGAGUGUACUUGGACCUGUGAAAAUGGCCAUCCCUGUGGUGCCAGCUGCGGCAGCAGAAAGACGGAAGGCAGGGGACAACGCAAAGACACUUGCUGACCAACAAGGCAGCUCCACAGCCCUGUUAGUACCAGUCACUAAGCCAGUAUCCAUGGCAACCUCACAAGACAUAGGCAGUGUGGCUGUUCAUGAAAAGAAAGAGAUGAGCCGUCAGACACUUUAG